AUGGCAACGACGGUCCUCCCCCAGAAAAGAGUUCUUGGCGAGUCCAAGACUCGCCAGAACAUUCCCUCGACGCCCUCAGCCGCGAAGAAGCGCAAGACUGGCGAUUUCGGCUCCUCGCCCGCGACCGCGCGGAUCCCCAGUUCGCAACGUGGCCCUCGAAGCAAGAUGCCUGGAUCUAGUCAGCCCAAGAGCGCCUUUGAGUCCGAGGUGCUCGAAAAGCUCAGCCAGGAUAUCUCGUCCGCGAAGCAGAACAGCGCGGACAAGGACCAGAGCUGGGACCGGCCGCCGGUGGAAGACUUUGUCCCCGCGCGGGACGCCUUGGUCUUCCAGAGCAUCGAGACGGAAGAUGGUACGCUGCACGGGGGCCGAGCGACGGUGAAGCUGUUUGGCGUCACGGAAAAGGGCAACUCGGUCAUGCUGCAUGUGACAGACUUCAAACACUACCUCUACGUGGCGGCCCCGGUGUCCUUCCAACCGCAGGACUGCCCGGCGUUCAAGGCGUACCUCGAGACGCAGGUUGCGCAGCACCAGCCUGCGAUCCACUCGGUGCAGCUGCUCAUGCGGGAGAGCAUGUACGGCUUCCAAGGCAAUGUGACGAAUCCGUACCUCAAGAUCACGGUGACGGAUCCCAAGUACAUCACCAAGGUGCGGAUGCUGAUCAAGGACGGCAACGCGAACUGGAAGGGCAUGUGGAAGGCUGUCGACGGCGGUAUCAUGACGUUUGACAACAUCCAGUAUGUCCUGCGCUUCAUGGUGGAUACCAAGUUGCAAGGCAUGGCCUGGGCAGAAGCCCCGGCGGGCAAGUACAAGCUCAUCCCCGACCACAUUCGACAGUCCAACUGCCAGAUCGAGGCCGAAGUCGACUACCGCGACUUUAUCGCACACGAGCCAAAGGGGGAAUGGGUCAAGAUGGCGCCGCUGCGGAUCCUGUCCUUUGACAUUGAGUGCUGCGGGCGGAAGGGUAUCUUCCCGGAAGCAGACCAGGACCCUGUCAUCCAGAUUGCCAACGUCGUCACAAAGUACGGAGAGAAGAAGCCGUUUGUGCGCAACGUGUUCUGCCUGGACACGACCAGCUCGAUCGUGGCGACGCAUGUCAUCGAAUUCGACAAGGAGGAGAAGAUGCUCAAGGCGUGGCAAGAGUUCCUGCUGCGCGUCGACCCCGACGUGAUCACGGGGUACAACAUUGCCAACUUUGACUUUCCGUAUCUCCUGGACCGCGCCAAGCACCUCAAGGUGCACGGGUUCGACCACUGGUCUCGCAUCCCCGGCGUUGUGUCCAAGGUGAAGGAGACCAACUUUUCCAGCAAGCAGCUCGGCAACCGCGAUUCGAAGACGACCAACACCAACGGUCGGCUGCAGCUCGACCUGCUGCAGCUCAUCCAGAGGGAUCACCACCUGCGAAGUUACACGCUGAACUCUGUCUGCUCGCACUUUCUGGGCGAGCAGAAGGAGGAUGUCCACUACACCAUGAUCACCGAGCUGUUCAACGGGACGCCCGAGUCACGACGUCGUCUCGCGCUGUACUGUCUAAAGGACGCCUAUCUGCCGCAGCGACUCAUGGACAAGCUCUCUUGUCUCGAGAACUACACGGAGAUGGCCCGUGUGACGGGUGUGCCCUUCAACAUGAUCCUGCCCCGCGGUCAGCAGAUUCGCUUCAUCAGUCAACUCUACCGUCGUGGCCUCGACCAGAAGCUGGUGAUUCCCGACCUGAAACCGGAGGGCGGUGACGAACAGUACGAGGGUGGCACCGUCAUCGAGCCCGUCAGGGGGUACUACGACCAGCCGAUCGCGACGCUCGAUUUUGCGUCGCUGUACCCCAGUAUCAUGCAGGCCCACAACCUCUGCUACACGACGCUGGUGAACAAGUCGGUCAUCCAGAAGCUCAAUCUCGUCAAGGACGAGGACUACAUCAUCACGCCCAAUGGCGACACAUUUGUGACCACCAAGCAAAGAAAGGGGCUGCUCGCGCAGAUCCUGGAGGAACUGCUGCUCGCACGCAAGCAGGCCAAACGAGAGCUGGCGCAGGAGACGGACCCGUUCAAAAAGGCCGUGCUGAACGGUCGCCAGCUGGCGCUCAAGGUCACGGCCAACAGUGUGUACGGGUUGACGGGCGCGUCGCAGACGGGCAAGCUCCCGUGUCUCGAGAUUGCGCGGAGCACAACGAGUUUCGGCCGCCAGAUGAUCGAGAUGACGCGCGACGAGGUGGAGAAGAAGUUUACGAUUGCGAAUGGGUACGCGCACGACGCGCAGGUCAUCUACGGCGACACGGAUUCGGUCAUGGUCAAGUUUGGGACCGGGGACCUCGCCGAGGCGAUGAAGCUGGGCGAGGAGGCGUCGGGCUACGUGACGUCCAAGUUUGUGAAGCCGAUCAAGCUCGAGUUUGAAAAGGUGUACUUUCCGUACCUGCUGAUCAACAAGAAGCGCUAUGCCGGGCUGUACUGGACCAGGCCCGACAAGCACGACAAGAUGGACACCAAGGGCAUCGAGACGGUGCGACGCGACAACUGCACGCUGGUGCAGACUGUCAUCGAGAAGGUGCUGCGGAUGAUUCUCAUAGACCGGGACGUCCCAGGCGCGCAGGAGUACGUCAAGGACAUGAUUGCGGACUUGCUGCAGAACAAGGUGGACAUGUCGAAGCUGGUCAUCACCAAGGCGCUGUCCAAGGACGACUACGCCGCGAAGCAAGCGCACGUGGAGCUGGCGCAGCGGAUGAAGAAGCGCGACGCCGGCUCGGCGCCGGGUCUGGGGGAUCGCGUGGCGUACGUGAUGGUGCGCGGCGCAGCGGGGGCGAAGAACUACGAAAAGUCGGAAGACCCCAUCUACGUGUUGGAGAACAAUGUGCCCAUUGACACGCGGUACUACCUGGACAACCAGCUGGCGAAGCCACUGGGCCGCAUCUUCGAGCCCAUCCUGGGGGAGACCAAGGCCAACUCGCUGCUGACGGGGGCGCACACGCGGACCAUCUCCGUGGCGGCGCCGUCGGUGGGGGGGCUGAUGAAGUUUGCCAAGAAGACGCAGACGUGCAUGGGGUGCAAGAAGCCGCUGACGGGCCAGGAGGAGAGCGCGGGGGCGGUGUGCAGCAACUGCGCGCCGCGGGUGGGCGAGCUGUACAAGAAGACGCUGGAUCGCGUGUCGGACCUCGAGGUGCGGUUCGGGCGGCUGUGGACGCAGUGCCAGCGGUGCCAGGGCAGCAUGCACUGCGAGGUGAUCUGCAGCAGCAAGGACUGUCCUAUUUUCUACAUGCGGAUGAAGGCCAAGAAGGACCUGGAGGACGCGGGCAAGGAGCUGACGAGGUUUGACGCGGACCAGGCCGCCAUGUGGUAG